AUGUCAUUUGGAGAAAAAGGCUCGGAAGGAAAUUCAAUUUUCUGCAAUAUACAACUAACACCAGUCACUAAACUAGAACUCAAAUUUCAUAAUGAGAGACUUGAAAAACGAAAAAAAUCGGAAAAUUCAAACGACUUGAUAAAAUGUCAACUUAGCGUUCUAGUGAACAAUAUUCUAUUCCGUAAUUUUGGUGCAGUAAUAAAUUUUAAUCAACACUUACAUAUCAAAAAAAACUUCAUGACGAAAAGUAAACUUAAUCAAUACGAAUCAAAAAUAAGAAUUGGAAUUUGGAAAUGUUAG